ACCUGGAUUCAGAAUCAUGCAACCCUGAAAUGUUUAGUAGGAAUUGCACCAACAGGAGCAAUAACAUUUUUGUCAGAUGUUUAUGAAGGAUGUAUAUCUGACAAAGAAAUUACCAUCAGGUCAGGUUUGGCCGAGUUACUCAAUCCUGGGGACUUGGUCAUAGCUGAUAGAGGGUUUCUGAUAAGAGACAUACUGAACCCAAGGAAAGUUGAGCUAAAUAUCCCUCCAUUUCUCUCAGGCAGGGACCGUCUUACCCCUCAAGAAGAAAUACUGACAAAACGUAUUGCAUGGGUAGGCAUACAUGUGGAAAGGGCAAUUGAACGUAUGAAAAAAUUCAAGAUAAUCGGAACGACUAUACCACUUAGUCUCAAACCAGUAGCUUCUGAGAUUGUGCAUAUAAUUGGUUUUUUAGUCAAUUAUCAAAGCCCACUUGUGAAA